AUGCAGAUUAAGGAUCGCACCUUCAUUGUGAGCGGAGGCUCUUCUGGCCUGGGUCUCGCAACUGUCGUCAUCUUCCUCCAAAACGGCGCCAACGUCUCCAUUCUCGAUCUCAAUCCUCCGCCCUCCGACGCCUCCCUUGACCCAUCCCGAAUUCUUUUCACAAAGACCAAUGUCGCGUCUACCGAGUCACUACAAGAGGCGUUAAAGAAUACAUUAAAAUGGAUUCAAGGUACCACAAAACCGCUUUCUGGGGUCAUCUGCUCUGCAGGCAUUGGCUUAGCAGCUCUGGCUCUUCCUAAGCAGGACCCCUCGACGACGCAUGAAAGCGUUAAAUACAUGGAUAUGUCUGGCUUUGAUCGCACCUUGGGUGUCAACCUCCGGGGCACGGUAGACUUGAUCCGCCUUAGUCUACCGCACAUGGCGCUGAACACACCAUGGGGACCCGAUGGUGAGCGAGGGAUCGUCGUUAUAGUCUCGUCCGUGGCGGCAUAUGAAGGCCAAGUUGGCCAGCUAGCAUACAGCGCGAGCAAAGGCGCUGUGCGCAGUAUCGUCCUCCCGCUAGCUCGAGAGCUGGGCCGCAAGGCUGGUAUCCGAGUAAUGGGUAUUGCACCAGGUGUUUUCCUGACCGGACUGACCACGCAACCAAAGAAGCAGCAGCCGGAACAAGGACCCAAAAAGGAAGGCGGUGAAAAGCCAAAGCAGAGCACGGGAGCACGAGCAGGGAUCAAUACCGAAAUGAUCCAAUACCCCAUGCGUAUGGGAGAGGGCCACGAAUUCGCACGGCUUGUGAAAGAGAUUGUGGAGAACCCAAUGCUGAAUGGGUUUGUCAUUCGACUUGACGGCGCUGUGAGGAUGCCUAGCAGGCUGUAA